UAGAGACAGUAGCCUACUAUACUGUACCGCUUUAGGAAGACUGCAAUAAGCUAGGCUACUGGAAAUACACUAUCCAUUAAUUUCUCAAAUCAUCAAGAUGAUUUCAAAUAUCUUGUGGGUUGGGAACUUUUGAAAAAGGGAUCGUUUUGGUGGAUUUUGGACAACCUGUAUUAUUCUCCGCUAUUCUACGGCGUUCUUGCGUUCCACGGACCUGUGAAAUGUGGAUUACCGACAUCGGUGAUGAUGCUGCUUGUUAACUGGGAAUAAAUGAGACGCGCCAACGAUACCAGCACUAACCCCAUGGGGCAAAGGGGUACACAAAAAUAGGGAUAUCUCGUUUUUAUCUAUCCGCUCGAAUCGAAUCUAACAUCUGGAGUGGACGAGGGAUUUGUGUGACUGUUUCCCAUGGAUAGAUAAGUCACCACUUUGCCCCCCCCCCCCCCCCGCUCCCCGCCUGGGCUGAGUGGGCUCUGGGGUUUUCUCUCCCCCUCACCUCCUUCUCCGUGUGAGAAUCCUCCUCCUGUGAGAUAGAUUCUGCUAACCCCGCGGUCCGCAUGACAUGGUUCAGUCCUGUUGUCGGUGCCGAGCCUCGAUGCAUUGGGAUUUCUCUCAGCGCCGAACACCACUACCAAGUGAACCUUCUUUCUAAACCCGUCUAAUAAAACGUGCCAGCUGCCCCCGUACAAAAAAAAAACCCACACGUGCCAUGACCGCCUCUUCGAACCGGGACGGAACCGGACACAUUACCGGGCACGUUCGGAGGUCAGCAUGCAGAUGUAUUAGCAGGCAUACCAGGACCUGGCCAAGGAAAGUGAACGGAAUACGGAUUUUUGAGCUAAUGAAGUCAGGAGUAGCAGCGCACCAUUGGAACCGGGUUCUGUUCUUGUUUAUGGGGCUACUGGCAGCCUCAGCCUCAGCCUCAGCCUCGGUUAAGGGUAUUGAGGCUCAGAACUGCAGUUAUUCUCUCCAGAGCCCCAACGGUACGAUAGAGAGCCCUGGCUACCCGUACGGUUACCCCAACUAUGCCAACUGUACGUGGGUGAUCCUGGCAGCAGAACACAACAGGAUACAGCUGGUGUUCCAAGGUUUCGCCCUAGAGGAAGACUUUGACCUGCUGUCUAUCUACGACGGUCCGCCUAGCCCGGGGAACCUUAGGACCAGGUUGACGGGGUUCCAGCUGCCGUCUCCCAUAGUGAGCACAGGACCCAGCCUCACACUGUGGCUGCUGACAGACUACGCUGUCAGUGGACAAGGCUUCAAGGCCGUCUAUGAAGCUCUACCCAGUUAUACCUGUGGUAACCCAGGCCAGCUGGUCAACGGUCUUCAACAGGGCUCAACCUUUAACAUUGGAGAGAAGAUCAGGUACAGCUGCAGCCCCGGCUACGUGUUGGAGGGUCACACCACGCUGUCUUGUCUGGCUACGUCUGCUGGGACCGCAGCAUGGGACUUCCCCCUGCCCUACUGCAGAGCGGAUGAUGGUUGUGGGGGUACGUUGCGAGGCCAGAGCGGUGUGAUCACCAGCCCCAACUACCCAGGGGAGUACAGCAACAAUGCAGACUGUACCUGGACCGUCCUGGCUGAGCCUGGAGACACCAUCGCCCUGGUCUUCUCUGACUUUACACUGGAGGACGACUAUGACCUUCUGGAGGUCAGCGGCACAGACGGCUCCUCUCAGUGGUUCACUGGUCCUAAUCUGCCAUCUCCCGUCCUCAGCAGUAAGAACUGGCUACGACUACACUUUACCUCUGAUGGAAACCACAAGCUGAGGGGCUUCAGUGCACAGUACCAAGUGAAGAAGAUGACCGAGCUGAAGUCCAGAGGAGUCAAGAUGAUGCCCAGUAAAGACAAUCAUCACAAGAUAUCAGUGUUGUCUCAGAUGGGUGUGGCCCAGGGACAUAACAUGUGUCCAGACCCGGGGAUCCCUGACCGAGGGAAAAGAAAAGGAUCAGACUUCAGGCGAGGUGCCACAGUGCACUUCUCCUGUGAUGAGGGUUAUGAGCUGCAGGGCUCUAAGAGCAUCAGCUGCCUGAGAGUCACAGACAGCUACGUAGGCUGGAGCGACGACCGACCCAUCUGCAGAGCUCCUAUGUGUGGUGGUCAGCUGAGAGGCCCGAACGGCAUCAUCACAUCACCAAACUACCCUGUCCAGUAUGACAACAAUGCUAACUGCACCUGGGUCAUCAUCGCUACAGACACCACCAAGGUGAUAAAAGUGACCUUUGAGGACUUUGACCUGGAGCGUGGUUACGAUACGUUGACGGUUGGAGACGGAGCCGCGGUCGGAGACCAGAAGACCGUCUUUCACGUCUUAUCAGGGACCACUACUCCAGACCUGGUGGUCAGCACCAGUCAUCAGAUGUGGCUCAACUUCAAGACUGAUGACACCAGUGGCUCUCAGGGCUUCAAGGUGUCUUAUGAAGAGAUUGACCAGGGCAGCUGUGGCGACCCAGGGAUACCGGCCUACGGCAAGCGGGAGGGGACAGGUUUCCGCCACGGGGACAGGCUGCACUUUGAGUGUCUCCCUGCGUUUGAGUUGGUGGGGAAGAAGAACAUCACCUGCCAGAAGAACAACCAGUGGUCAGCCAAGAAACCCAGCUGUGUCUUCUCGUGCUUCUUCAACUUCACAACCCCCUCUGGGGUGCUGCUGUCCCCAAACUACCCCCAGGAAUAUGGAAACAAUAUGCACUGUGUGUGGCUCAUCAUCACCAAGCCAGAGAGUAGGAUUAACCUGGCCUUCAAUGACCUCAGCAUGGAGAAGCAGUUUGACUUCCUCAGCGUCAAAGACGGUGGCAAGGCUGAGUCUCCCAUCCUCGGUACGUUCUCUGGUGACGUGCUGCCAGCUCCCAUCACCACCAGUGCCCACGUGGCACGCCUGGAGUUCCUGACUGACCACACCUACACAGAACGAGGGUUCAACAUCACCUUCACCACGUUCCGCCACAACGAGUGUCCAGACCCGGGGGUUCCAGUGAAUGGGAAGAGGUUUGGCGAGAACCUUCAGCUGGGCAGCUCCAUCUCCUUCCUGUGUGAGGAGGGCUUUGUGAAGACCCAUGGCUCCCAGACUGUCUCCUGUAUCCUGAAGGAUGGAAAUGUGGUCUGGGACAAUGCUGUGCCACGCUGUGAAGCUCCGUGUGGAGGUGAUCUGAAGGCUCCGAGCGGUAUUAUCCUGUCCCCUGGUUGGCCAGAGCUCUAUAAGGAGGCUCUUAACUGUGAGUGGGUCAUCGAGGCUCUGCCAGGAUACCCCAUCAAGAUCAUUUUUGACAAGUUUCGUACUGAGGUAAACUAUGACGUGCUGGAAGUGCGUGACGGCCGGUUCCCCUCCUCGCCUCUGAUUGGUAGUUACCAGGGUACCCAGGUGCCCCAGUUCCUCAUCAGCACCUCCAACUUCCUGUUCCUUCUCUUUUCCACCGACAAGAGCCACUCGGACAUCGGCUUCCGCAUCCGUUAUGAGACUCUACAGCUACAGUCAGAUCACUGUGUCGACCCUGGCAUCCCCGUCAACGGCCAACGCCAUGGCAACGACUUCUACGUGGGUGCCUUGGUAACGUUCAGCUGUGACGCCGGGUACUCCCUCAGCGACCCAGAACCCCUGGAGUGUGAACCAAACUACCAGUGGAGUCGACCCCUGCCCAGCUGUGAUGCGUUGUGUGGAGGUUAUAUUCAGGGCAACACCGGUACCAUCCUCUCCCCUGGGUUUCCUGACUUCUAUCCUCACAACCUCAACUGCACCUGGAUGAUAGAGUCCUCCCACGGGAAAGGUGUCCAGUUCACCUUCCAUACGUUCCACUUAGAGUCUCCUCAUGACCACCUGUUGGUGACAGAGAACGGCAGCUUUCCCGAGCCCCUGUGGAGACUAACGGGCUCAACACUGCCCCCCACCCUCAGUGCAGGCCUGUAUGGGAACUACACCGCUCAGAUACGCUUCCUCUCAGACUUCUCUGUCUCCUACGAGGGAUUCAACAUCACCUUCUCAGAGUAUGACCUGGAACCUUGUGAAGACCCGGGAGUACCUCCCUACAGUACCCGUAAGGGGUUACAGUUUGGGGUGGGGGACGCGCUCAUCUUCUCCUGUUUCCCUGGUUACCGUCUGGAGGGGCCGGCGAGGGUGACGUGUCUUGGUGGGCGGAGGAGGGUGUGGAGCUCCCCUCUGCCAAGGUGUGUUGCUGAGUGUGGAUCCUCAGUGACUGGCAUGCAGGGAGUGCUGCUGUCUCCUAACUACCCAGGUUACUAUGGGAACCACCACGAGUGUAUCUACUCUAUACAGACCCAGCCAGGCAAAGGCAUCCAGCUCCGAGCACGAGACUUCAGACUGGAGGACGAUGACAUGCUCAAAGUGUUUGAUGGCAAUAGUAACCAGGCUCGUCUGUUGGGUGUUUUCUCUGGGACUGAGCUGCAGGAAAACACGCUCAACUCUACAUCCAGCUCCAUGUGGCUGGAGUUCGUCAGUAACGCAGACAACACCAGCAAGGGCUUUGAGCUACACUUUACCAGUGAGUUUGAUCUGUUGAAGUGUGAGGACCCGGGUGUUCCUCAGUUUGGUUAUAAGAGAGAAGAUAAGGGUCACUUCGCUGGCAGCACCGUGUGUUAUAGCUGUGACCCAGGAUACACCUUGAAGGGACCCCAGAUCCUGACCUGUUUGAGGGGGGAGAGGAGAGCCUGGGAUAGCCCCCUGCCCUUAUGUGUCGCGGAGUGUGGGGGAACCAUCAAGGAUGAGCCUACAGGUCGAAUACUGUCUCCAGGUUACCCAGCUCCAUAUGAACAUAACCUGCACUGUGUCUGGAGCAUCGAAGCGGCCCCAGGAAGCACUAUAGGUCUCCACUUCCUGGUAUUCCAUACGGAGGAGGUCCACGAUGUGUUACGUAUCUGGGACGGUCCCCAGGAUGGAGGGGUCCUCCUGAGGGAGCUCAGCGGCUCGACCCUUCCGCCUGACGCCCACAGCACCUUCAAAGCCGUCAGCCUCCAGUUCACCACCGACUUCUUCACAUCCAAACAGGGCUUCGCUCUGCAGUUCUCUGUGUCCACUGCUACGUCAUGUAACGACCCAGGUCUGCCCGCCAACGGGACCCGCAGUGGGGACAGCAAGGAGCCCGGAGACCAUGUCCUGUUCCAGUGUGAUCCCGGUUACGUCCUUCAGGGGGCCACCAAGAUCACCUGCACAGAGAUCAACAGCCGCUUCUUCUGGGAGCCUGACCCCCCCACCUGUACAGCUCCGUGUGGGGGGAACCUGACGGGCCCCACUGGGCUGAUCCUGUCCCCAGAGUACCCCGAGCCGUACCCCCACGGGCGAGAGUGCGACUGGACCGUCUCUGUCACCCCUGACUACGUCAUCGCACUCAAUUUCAACCAAUUCAGUCUGGAGCCCAGCUAUGACUUCCUCCAUAUCUACGACGGUCCUGACUCCCUCCACCCUCUGUUGGGGAGUUUCUAUGGUACUGACGUCCCCGACCGCAUCGAGAGCAGUUCUAACACACUCUUCCUCGCCUUCCGCAGCGACGCAUCGCUCAGCAGCAACGGCUUCAUCCUGCAGUACACAGAGAACCCUAGAGAGUCAUGCUUUGAUCCUGGGGUGGUGAGGAACGGUACCAGGAUUGGAGCUGACCUUAAGCUGGGCUCAACCACCACCUACUACUGUGAUAGUGGAUAUACUCUGGAAGGAGAACCCACUCUGACCUGCGUCAUGGGAUCAGACAGCAAGCCCUCCUGGAACAAACAAAAACCAAUCUGCAUAGCUCUGUGUGGAGGGCAGUAUUCUGGGCUGGAGGGUGUGGUCUUGUCUCCCGGUUACCCAGGCAACUACAGCAGUGCCCGGACAUGUCUGUACUCGGUGGUCGUGCCCAAAGACUAUGUGGUGUUCAGCCAGUUUGCGUUCUUCCAGACGGCUCUGAAUGACGUGGUGGAAAUCUACGAUGGAGCAACGCAGCAUUCCAGAGUCCUCAGUUCCCUGUCUGGGACACACACAGGAGAGUCGCUGCCAUUGGCAACAUCCAAUCAGGUUCUGAUCCGAUUCACCUCCAAAGGCCAAUCCAGCUCCAAAGGAUUCCACCUGGUGUAUCAAGCGGUGCCAAGGACCAGUGCCACCCAGUGCACUUCAGUCCCAGAGCCCAGGAACGGGAGGAGGACGGGGAAUAACUUUGCUGUGGGAGCCGUGAUCCGCUUUGAAUGUUCCCCCGGAUACGUCUUGGAGGGAUCCACCGCCAUAGAGUGUCUGACUGUCCCCAACGCCCUGGCUAACUGGAACGCAUCCAUACCCAGCUGUAUAGUACCAUGUGGUGGUAAUCUGACCCAGAGAACCGGUACCAUCCUGUCUCCUGGUUUUCCUGAGCCCUAUCUCAACAGCCUCAACUGUGUCUGGAAGAUCACGGUCCCGGAAGGAUCAGGAAUACAAAUCCAGGUGAUCAGUUUUGUGACUGAACAGAACUGGGAUUCUCUAGAGGUGUUUGAUGGAGGAGACAACAGUGACACCAUGCUGGGGAGCUUCUCAGCGGUCUCUCUGACCAGUUGUCCAGAGCCAGUGGUACCUAUGAAUGGUAUCAAGGUGGGAGAGAGACUCCACAUGAACAGCGUUGUCUCGUUCCAGUGUGAGCCAGGAUACACGUUACAGGGAAACUCUCACAUCUCCUGCAUGCCAGGGACGGUCAGGCGAUGGAACUACCCACCGCCACUCUGCAUUGCCCAAUGUGGAGGAAUCCAGGAGGAGAUGGAAGGCAUGAUCCUUAGCCCUGGUUUCCCAGGCAACUACCCUAGCAACAGUGACUGUACCUGGAGAAUCUACCUGCCUGUGGGAUACGGAGCCCAUGUCCAGUUCCUCAACUUCUCCACCGAGGCUAACCAUGACUUUCUGGAGAUCAGGAACGGUCCUCUGGACACCAGCACUGUGAUUGGUCGAUUCAGUGGACAGGAUGUCCCGCCCUCCCUGCUCACCACCUCCCAUGAGACCACAGUGUAUUUCCAUAGCGACCACUCCCAGAACAAGCCAGGCUUCAGGUUUGAGUACCAGGCCUAUGAGCUUAAUGAGUGUCUGGACCCAGAGCCGUUCCGUUACGGCGUGGUGGUGGGGGCAGGCUACAACGUGGGCCAGUCCAUUUCCUUUGAGUGUCUCCCCGGCUACCAGUUAAUGGGACAUUCCAUCCUGACCUGCGAACACGGGACCACACGCAACUGGGACCGCCCCUUCCCUCGCUGUGAAGUGCCUUGUGGGGGUAACAUCAAGUCAGACAACGGAACUAUCUUCUCUCCUGGUUAUCCGGAGGAGUACCCCAGCUCUGCUGACUGUACCUGGUUGAUCACCGUAGCAACAGGCCUGGGUGUCAGACUCAACUUUACCCUACUGCAGGUCCAUGGGCCACAUGACUUCAUCACUGUCUGGGACGGCCCCCAGGAGACAGCCAGGAAGCUAGGUGUGUUUACGGAUGGUGAGCCCAAUGAACCAGCAAGCAGCACGUCCAAUCAGAUCCUAGUUCGUUUCCGUAGCAACACUGAGAAAGGUGGAUUGUUCCGAAUCAACUAUCAAGCAUACACGCUCCAGUUCUGCCUGCCUCCCUCCAUUAUACCCAAUGCUGACAUCUUAAUGGCCAGCAAGGAAUUUAAAAUUGGUGAUAUAGUGCGUUACAGGUGUCUGCCAGGGUACCAGUUGAGUGGGAACAACAUUCUGACCUGUCGUCUGGGGACUCACCUGGAGUUUCAGGGACCUCCACCCUCCUGUGAAGUGACGUGUCCCAUGAACGAGGUCCUAACAGCCUCCACGGGCGUCAUCAUGAGCCAGUCCCCCGGUAGCGGCUUCCCCCACUUUGAGUCCUGUUCCUGGGUGGUCAAGGUAGAGCCGGGCUACAACAUCACAUUUACUAUACAACACUUCCAGACCAGCCGGCAGUUUGACGAGUUGGAGAUCUUUGACGGUCCGUCCAGACAGAGUCCUCUCCUGGUCACUCUGAGUGGAAACUACUCAUCUCCUCUCAGCAUCACCAGCUCCAACAACAAGGUCUACCUCCACUGGUCCUUCGACCACACCACCAGCCACAAAGGCUUCCGCAUACGAUACUCAGCGUCAUACUGCAGCCCACCUAGCAACCCUCUCAAUGGAACAGUCCACAGUCAGACAGGCACCAAGCUAGGCAGUACCCUGCGCUUCAGCUGUGACCAGGGCUUUCGUCUGAUUGGCCAAAGCAGUGCCACCUGCACCCGCACCCCCCAGGGGAUUUAUAUAUGGAACGCCCCCGUACCGCUCUGCCAAGUGAUGGCCUGUGGGAUGCCUAUACCCCCAGUAAACGGUAGUAUUGUCGGGCAGGACUUCACUCUUGGUGCCAGGGCCAUGUACCAGUGCAACCCCGGUUUCAGAUUGGCCAACCCCCUGGCCGUGUCAGUCGUCUGUCAGGAGUCUGGGAGGUGGAGCUCCAAUGAGGCCACGCCCCGCUGCAUACCGGUGACCUGCCCUGACAUAGGCCACUCUGCUGUGGAUCACGGGAGAUGGAGGCUGAUCUACGGGUCUCAGAGCCAGUACGACGCCAUGAUGAUGCUCAUCUGUGACCCCGGAUAUUACUACAAGGGUCAGAGGGUCAUCCGUUGCCAGGCCAACAGCACCUGGGACUACCCAGAGCCCCGGCCGGCCUGCGAGAUAAUCUCCUGUGGGGACCUGGGCACUCCUCCGAAUGGUAAUAAGAUCGGGACUCUGACGGUGUUCGGAGCGACAGCCAUCUUCUCCUGUAACACAGGCUAUACGCUGGUUGGUUCCCGGGUCAGAGAGUGCAUGUCCAAUGGCCUCUGGAGUGGAUCUCAGGUCCAGUGUUUCGCGGGUCACUGCGGUACCCCAGAACCAAUAGUGAAUGGUCAGAUCAUAGGAGAGAACUAUAACUACAGAGGUAGUGUGGUCUACCAGUGUAACCCGGGAUUCAGACUCAUCGGGGUGUCUGUACGCAUCUGUGAACAGGACCACCGCUGGUCUGGGCGCACCCCUGUCUGUGUCCCGAUCACUUGUGGUCAUCCAGGCAACCCUUCCUUUGGCUUUACUCAGGGAACGCAGUUCAACCUGAACGAUAUUGUGCACUUCGCGUGCAACACCGGCUACGUCCUGCAGGGGGCGGUUAAGUCUCACUGCCAGUCCAACGGACAGUGGAGCAACACCCUACCCAAGUGUAAAAUUGUGAACUGCACAGAGCCAGGUCAUGUGGAGGACAGCGUCAGACAGGUGACGUCUGAAGGCCCUGGUCGUUACAGCUUCCAGACCGCUGUGUCCUACCGCUGUAACCCUGGUUACUACCUACUGGGAACCAGCACUCUGUCCUGCCAGGGAGACGGCACCUGGGAUAGAACACUGCCCAAGUGUCUGUUGGUGUUGUGCGACCGUCCCAGCAUGCCCCCGUACGCCCAGAUCUCCGGUGACCGUCGGACGGUGGGUUCGGUGAUUCGGUUCAGCUGUAUUGGACAGAGGACGGUGAUCGGUAACACAACACGCACGUGUCAGCUGAGUGGACAGUGGAGCGGCUCGUUACCACACUGCUCUGGAGAGUCGUCUGGUCUGUGUGGGGAUCCAGGUAUCCCAGGCCACGGUAUCAGACUCGGAGAAGACUUCUCAGUGGGCAGUGUGGUGGGGUUCAGCUGUGAACAGGGAUAUGUCCUACGUGGUUCCUCGGAGAGAACAUGCCAACCAAACAGCACCUGGGUGGGCACACAGCCAGAGUGCCAUGUGAUCUCCUGUGGGAACCCAGGAACACCCCGUAACUCUCAGAUCCUGUCUCAUGAUGGCCUGGUGUUUUCCCGCUCCAUCACCUACACCUGUCGAGACGGUUACUACUCCAACGGACUGCUCACACGUCAUUGCACGGUUAACGGGAGCUGGACUGGGAGCAUGCCUGAGUGCACGGUUAUUAUGUGUGGGGACCCAGGUGUGCCAGCUAAUGGUUUGAGGCUGGGCAGUGAAUUCACCUACAACAGCACUGUGAGUUUCCAGUGUGCCCCAGGCUUCACUAUGGACGCUGAUCGCGCUUCAACCCUGGUCUGCACAAAGGACCGCACAUGGAACGGGACCAAGCCACAAUGCAAAGCUAUAGUGUGUACGGCCCCGCCUCCCAUUCCUAACGGCCAGGUGGUUGGAACAGACUUCACCUGGGGCAACAGCGUUAGUUACGCCUGUAACCAGGGUUACCAGCUCUCCCUGCCCACCAUGAUCACCUGCCAGGGAAACGGCACCUGGAUUGGAGAAAAACCACAGUGCUUCCCUGUGUUCUGUGGAGACCCAGGUGUCCCGGCCCAGGGGAGAAGGGAGGACCGUGGGUUCACCUACCUCUCCUCUGUCUCCUUCUCCUGCUCUCCUCCUUUGGUGUUGGUGGGUUCAGCCAGACGAUACUGUCAGUAUGACGGCGUCUGGAGUGGCACUCAGCCAUCCUGCAUAGAUCCCAGUCACACCACCUGUGGAGAUCCUGGAACACCUCUGUUUGGAAACCAGAACAACACCCAAGGCUACCAGAUCAGCAGUACAGUAUUGUUCAGCUGUAGGAAGGGUUACCUGCUACAAGGCUCCACAACACGCUCCUGUCUCCCCAACCUCACCUGGAAUGGCUUCCAACCAGAGUGUAUAGCCCACCACUGUAGCCAGCCAGAGAUGCCCACCCAGGUGGAUGUGUCUGCCAUAGAGUUGCCGUCUCUAGGUUACACCCUGAUCUACACCUGUCAGCCAGGGUUUUACCUGGCCGAGGGGUCAGAACACAGAACCUGUCGGGGCGACGGGAGCUGGACCGGGAAGCAACCUGUCUGUGCUGCUGAUAUCCGUCCCAGUGGGAAUACAGUGGGGACCGUCCAGGAGCCGCCCAAUCCUAAACUACCAGUCCCGGUUGGUGUGUUUGCUAAGAACAGCCUGUGGAGAGGAUCUUAUGAGUACCUGGGGAAGAAGCAGCCGGCCAUGCUGAGCAUUACCUCCUAUGAAGCCUUCAACCAGCGAGUUAAUGGAACUCUCAUCGACCACAGUGGGGUGGAACUCAAACUGGCUGGUACCUAUAAGAGAGAGGAGUCUCAGCUCCUGCUGCAGGUGCAUCAGAUCAGAGGUCCUGUAGAGAUCUUUGUCAACAAGUUUAAGAUGGAUAACUGGGCCCUCGACGGACAUGUGUCCUACAUUGCCUCAUCUAGUUCCUUUGUGUACCAAGGAUUCGUCCGAGGAAAAGGAUUUGGUCAGUUUGGUCUUCAACGACUGGAGAGUUUAGACACGAGCAGAGAGAAUUCCCACUUCCCCCCCAACAGCAGUUCAGUGGCAGCAGCCAUCUUAGUGCCGUUCAUAGCCAUGAUCAUCGCGGGCUUCGCUCUGUACCUCUACAAACACAGGAGAAGACCUAAGGUACCGUUUAACAGCUAUUCAGGCCAUGAGAACACUAAUGGUAGAGCUACGUUUGAGAACCCCAUGUACGACCGCAACAUCCAGCCCACCGACAUCCUGGCCAACGAGACAGAGUUUACAGUCAGCACAGUGUGCACGGCCGUAUAGCCACUGUUUCCUCCAGAGGCAGAGGAAGUGGAAGGCGGAAGGAGCCUGUGCCCCUCUUACAAGACAGACCACACCCUCAUCUAACUGAACAGAGGGAAAUACAGACCACACCCUCAUCUAACUGAACAGAGGGAAAUAUAGACCACACCCUCAUCUAACUGAACAGAGGGAAAUACAGACCACACCCUCAUCUAACUGAACAGAGGGAAAUAUAGACCACACCCUCAUCUAACUGAACAGAGGGAAAUACAGACCACACCCUCAUCUAACUGAACAGAGGGAAAUAUAGACCACACCCUCAUCUAACUGAAGAGGGAAAUACAGACCACACCCUCAUCUAACUGAACAGAGGGAAAUAUAGACCACACCCUCAUCUAACUGAAGAGGGAAAUACAGACCACACCCUCAUCUAACUGAACAGAGGGAAAUACAGACCACACCCUCAUCCAACCUGACGACAACGGAACCCGCCGACGACGACAACGGAACCCGACGACAACGGAACCCGCCGCCGACGACAACGGAACCCGCUGCCGACGACGAGAAAAGCAGAUUGUGUGACUUUGCAAUGUCUCCUUACAACUUCAGCUCUCUGAAAGGAAUAUCUAGUAUUGUCUGCCUGAGAUGAGGCAGCAAGGUGGCACUAUGCUGUGGCGAUGAUCCUCCUAUUUAUUUUUCACCAAAAACCCAAAGGGAAUUCUAAGGUCAACGUCCAGCAGAGAGACAGUAUUGGCCUGUAGCAGCUGAUACACAGGAGAUGAGAAGAGACCAGUCUGUGCAAACAAUGCGCUGUGUCGUGAACUUAACUUUGCAUGGACUAGAUCUAUCUGGAUCUAACUGGAGCUAACUAGAUCUAUCUGGAUCUAGCUAAAUAUAUCUGGAUCUAACUGGAUCUAACUAGAUCUAUCUGGAUCUAGCUACAUAUAUCUGGAUCUAACUAAAUAUAUCUGGAACUAACUAGAUAUAUCUGGAUGUAUCUGGAUCUCUACGUCCUGAGAAAGGCACUCUGGACCGUAUUUGAUUUCUCCUUGCUGUUUUGGAUGUCAAACAAAUAUUUGGGGGCCAUUAUUUUCCUGACCGAUUGUUUUCUUCACUUCAGUUUCCUCUGAGGCCUUGAAAAGGGGGCUGAUAUUUGGAGGCCUUUGUUGUUGAAGAUAUGGGCUUGUGUUAUUGUAGCUUUUAACCUCUCCCCCUUUAGUACGGCUGUAGGGAGGAUCUCUACCCCUCUUCCCCAUUUAGUACGGCUGUAGGGAGGAUCUCUACCCCUCUCCUACUUUAGUACGGCUGUAGGGAGGAUCUCUACCCCUCUUCCCCAUUUAGUAAGGCUGUAGGGAGGAUCUCUACCCCUCUCCCCCCUUUAGUACGGCUGUAGGGAGGAUCUCUACCCCUCUCCUACUUUAGUACGGCUGUAGGGAGGAUCUCUACCCCUCUUCCCCCUUUAGUACGGCUGUAGGGAGGAACUCUACCCCUCUUCCCCCUUUAGUAAGGCUGUAGGGAGGAUCUCUACCCCUCUCCCCCUUUAGUAAGGCUGUAGGGAGGAUCUCUACCCCUCCCCCCAUUUAGUAAGGCUGUAGGGAGGAUCUCUACCCCUCUCCCCCAUUUAGUACGGCUGUAGGGAGGAUCUCUACCCCUCUCCCCCAUUUAGUAAGGCUGUAGGGAGGAUCUCUAAGUCUCUCCCCCAUUUAGUAAGGCUGUAGGGAGGAUAUCUACCUCUCUCCCCCUUUAGUACGGCUGAAGGGAGGAUCUCUACCCUGUGUGUGUGUGUGUGU